AAAUGACAUAAGGCUAUAAUGAUGGGACACCCGGCGUAGGUAAAUGUGUGGAAGUCCCUCCAGAGAAGAUUUGCAACCUUCAGCCGCAGGUCACCUUCGUCCAUUGCUGACGAGCGACCUCCAGGAGCUCUCCAUUGGUAACUUAAUGUGCAUGCGGACCUUGACUUUCUCCACUCAACUACAUGCUUCUCUUCGAGGAAACGUUUUGACUUUCUAGAGGGUUUCUUGAGACGUUCUUAUGUUCUUGGAAACACCUGGAAGAAGCUGUCACUCGAUAGUAAGUGGCCGUCCGCCCGGUUGUGUCUCUCGGCAUUCCGGUCCGUGUUCUGGUUUGUUGCUGACGCAUAGCAGCCAGGGUGUUCGUUCGUGGGGUUGUUUGCCUUCACUCACUCCUUCGACUUCCCAUCUCUACUGCCAAACGCGUUUCGCCUUUGUCUUUUUCCGCAUGGCGAAUCAACUUCGCUGGGCGUCUCCUUUGUGCCUAGUCCAUCGUUGUAUCUGUUGCAUCCCCUGCAUGCAUCCAUCCAUCGACUUCCCAUUUACUGCUUAAACCAGGAAGUUCUCGCCGGUUAUGUCCUCCCACCAUUUUCUCUCCCAUUUUACGUAGUCUUUUCCGUUUCUCUACCUCUCCUUUGCAUCGUCUGUCUCCUCUUCAGCCUUGAAUGCACAGUUGCCCUUCUCCUUGGCUCCGCAGUGGCCUUCCGUCUCCAGGUUCCUCUUUUCGUCGCCGCUUCUUCACACCAGUACCGUUUCGCUCCCGCUGACCAGGUCUCACGUCUCUUUUUUGCGCGUUUUUCGUCGUUCUGUGACCAUUAAUUUCACCCGUCGUCGACUCCCAGCAUGUCGUACCUCUUAGCAUCACUCACGAAGGGCGCUAAGUGGGCCGGCCUCGCUCUCCUGGGUUAGUCCCUGCAAAAUAUCUCACCCUGUCGUUUCGACAGAGCGCCAACCAUAAGAUCAAUUUGCACCGAAUAGCCCGGACACGCAGCGGCUCGCGCGGAAGAACUUUUUUUCACGCGCGUUCACAUGCGUCCCCGUGCGACCCAG